UUUGCGAUUCUCAUCGGUUUGAGGGGGUUGCAACCACCCACCUAAAAAAAGUCAACAAAAAAAGUGUUUAUUUUAUUUAUCGUUUAGUUUGUCUCUUAAACCAUGUGGACCCCACGUAAUAAUUUUUGAGAAUUUUUCUUUUCUUUCAGCAUCUUUCUCUUCCUUGUUCUACGCAACUCUCUCUUCCUAAAAAUCUCAUCCUCUUCCUCACACAAAACCACCCAAAACUCCAUAACCAAUCACCUUUAUCGAAAAUAAAUUACAUAUUUCUCAUCCUCUCAUGAUCCUCUUCUACAUGUCUAUCUAACUAUAUUUGUUUAAGGAGCUAAUUUUUCUGUUAAAGUGAUCAGUUAGUUUUCAUUCUGAUCUGAAGCUGUUUUCGCUGGUGAUUUUCAUGUUCGUAGUGAGUUCUGUAGUAUCGUGAGAUUUAUCUUUUAAAUCCAAUAAUAAUCGGAUGGAUCAGAAACAUCACAUAGCAAUUUUUACUACUGCUAGCCUUCCAUGGUUAACGGGAACCGCAGUGAACCCUCUCUUUCGUGCGGCAUAUCUUUACAAAGCUGAGGAAAGGAAUGUCACCUUAGUAAUCCCUUGGUUAUCUUUGAAAGAUCAAAAAUUAGUAUAUCCAAACAAUGUUACAUUUGAUUCUCCUGCCGAGCAGGAGAAAUAUAUCCGCCAAUGGCUUGAGGAUAGAAUUGGAUUUGCAUCUGGUUUCAACAUAAAGUUUUAUCCAGGAAAGUUUUCUAGAGAUAAAAGGAGUAUUCUUGGCGUUGGCGAUAUUUCAGAAAUUAUCCCCGACAAAGAUGCAGAUAUUGCUAUUCUAGAGGAGCCUGAGCACCUGACAUGGUAUCACCAUGGGAAAAGAUGGAAAACUAAAUUCAGGCUAGUUAUAGGAAUUAUUCACACAAAUUAUUUAGAAUAUGUGAAGAGAGAGAAAAAUGGAAACUUACAAGCGUUUUUACUGAAAUAUUUAAACAACUGGGUUGUUGGUAUAUAUUGUCAUAAGGUAAUCCGACUAUCUGCUGCCACUCAGGAUUACCAGGGGUCCAUCGUCUGUAACGUUCAUGGAAUUAAUCCAAAAUUUCUUGAGAUUGGCAAGAAGAAAAGGGAGCAACAAGAGAAUGGAGACAAGGCAUUUACCAAAGGUGCCUAUUUCAUUGGGAAGAUGAUAUGGAGCAAAGGAUACAAGGAGCUGCUCGAACUCCUUAAAGAUCAUCAAAAGGAAUUAGCUGCUCUUGAGUUUGAUUUGUUUGGAAGUGGAGAAGACUCUGAGGAUGUUCAAAAAGAGGCUAAAAAGCUGGAAAUGACAGUUAGAGUUCAUCCAGGUCGUGAUCAUGCCGAUGAUCUAUUUCAUGAUUUCAAAUUGUUUCUUAAUCCAAGCACAACAGAUGUAGUUUGCACAACAACAGCAGAAGCUUUGGCAAUGGGAAAAAUUGUUGUGUGCGCAAACCAUUGCUCAAAUGAAUUUUUCAAGCAGUUUCCGAAUUGUUGGACAUAUGAUAACCACAAGGAAUUUGUUGAACUCACACUGAAGGCAUUCUCCGAAGAGCCCGCCCAGCCCACCGAUGCUCAGAGACAUGAACUUUCAUGGGAGGCUGCAACAGAACGUUUUCUUAAGGCUGUUGACCUCGACAAGCCGUUCGAGAGAAAGGUAUUGUCAAGAACUACCUCAAACUAUAUGUCUACUUCGAUAAAUUUUCAACAGUCAGUAGAGGAUGCAUCAGCAUAUGUACAUCAUGUCGCAUCUGGGUUUGAAGUUUCGCGAAGAAUAUUUGGUGCCAUUCCAGAUAGCUUGCAACCUGAUGAACAGCUACGCAAGGAACUCGGGUUUUCUAAUCCUGCCAAUAAAAGUCCAGGUAAGUUGGAUUCCAGGGACUCACUAGGGUCAGGGCAUACCUCAAGGCUCAAAGAGCGUUUACAGAGGUACUUACAAAUCUUCCACCAAAAAGGUCCUCACGCCGCCGGCAGCAGCAGGAGUUAAACCCAUGUCUUGGAGGCUUGCAAGGUCUUCAUCGUCAAGAUUGGAAGCUCCUGCAGAUGUUAUCUCUACAAAAGAAGAAGAAAAUGAACUCUUAAAACAAUGAAUCAUCUUAUGUCCAAAAUUCUAGUAGAUGUUAUUAUUUGUCUAGCAAGAAUAUUUGAAGAUAUGUUGUAUAUAAGAUAUAUUCUGUUGAGAAAACAACUCUAUAAGAUUAAGUUUGUUAGUUUAUUCAUUCAUCCCUAUAGUUAGUUGUAUUCACUUGCUUAUAAAUAAUAACAGGCUGUGAGUAUUUUCUCUCAAGCAAUUCAAACUAUCUAAGUUAA